AUGCGAUUAGUAAUUUUGAAAGAUUAUGCCGAAGUGGCAGAAUGGGGUGCACGGUAUAUAAAAAAGAGAAUUCAUGAUUUCAAUCCAGGUCCCGGACGACUUUUUGUGCUUGGUCUUCCAACGGUUGAAUUUGUCAAAGCAAAAGAAUUAUCAUUUAAAUACGUCGUGACUUUCAAUAUGGAUGAAUACGUUGGAUUACCACAAAAUCAUCCGGAAAGUUACCAUUCGUUUAUGUGGAAUCUACUUUUUAAGCAUAUUGAUAUCGAUCCGAACAAUGUGCAUAUACUCAACGGCAAUGCACCUGAUCUUAAUCUCGAAUGUGCACAGUAUGAACAAGCAAUUCGAGAUGCUGGCGGAAUUGAAUUGUUUGUGGGAGGAAUCGGCCCUGAUGGACAUAUUGCUUUCAAUGAGCCCGGUUCCAGUUUAACAUCUCGAACCCGUGUGAAAACACUUGCUCAAGAUACGAUUGCUGCUAAUGCACGUUUUUUCAAUAAUGAUAUCAAUCAAGUACCGAAAUCUGCAUUGACUGUUGGUGUUGGAACAGUCAUGGAUGCACGAGAGGUCAUGAUUCUGAUCUCCGGUCAAUCGAAAGCUCAUGCUCUUUAUAUGGCUAUCGAAGCAGGUGUGAACCACAUGUGCACAGUAUCUGCAUUUCAAAACCAUCAGAGAUUUCUCUGUGUCUGUGAUGACGAUGCCACGAUGGAGUUAAAGGUGAAAACAGUUCGAUAUUUCAAAGGUUUGAUGCCUGUACAUAAUCAACUAGUUGAAGAAAACGGUCAUCCAUCGUUGCUUCAUACCGAAAAUUAG